CCAUUUCACCACAUGGAAGAGAAAUGUCACAAGGCAAGAGAAAGAAAAUAAUUUCUUUAACCUCCCUGGCGGUUUUCCAGAGUAUCAGCAAAGAUUUAAUUAUCAGUCAGAAUACUGUAGCAAAAGUGAUACAAAAAUGUAACUAAGAUGGAACUGAAACCAUCUCACAGAGACGACCAGGCUGUCGAUGGAAGUUAACACCUUGACAGAAACAUCUUCUGAUGAGAAGUGUUGAAGAAAAUCACCAUGCAAGUUCACUGCAGUUAGCUAAAGAAGUGGAAAGCCAAACUGGGGUGAUUGUUUCCUGUAACACAAUACAGCAUACACUGCAGAGUAAUAACAUGCAUGGGUGCAGUCCACGAAGGAGGCCUCUCCUAAAGCGCAUGCACAAAAAAGCCCACAUAGAAUUUGCAGGGCCCAUACUG